AUUGGUUGUCCAAUAAUUCCAUUUUGGCCAACUUCAAUCUGAAACAUUCCAUGUGAUACCGCGGGAAACUCCGGAAGUUCCUUUUUCUCCAUCACUAUGGUGGGACAAAAAGUGGUCGUUUGUAAGAACUUAUGGCAGAGGUUAGAGGCGACAACCGAUGUAUUCCGUUCGCUCUUCGGAUUCGUUGACGGAAACGGAACGCUCCACAUUACCGGCACGACUCUCCAGCGACAUCCGUUGCCCCAUGGGCAACCCGCUCUGGGUAUCUACUGCUCGAAAGAUUUCGAUACCGAAUCCAUACUUUCGCAAUGCCAGAGACGCGUACUCGCUAUCCAAGAGGCCUUGGAUAUCCUGGAAGCACCGAACUUCGUGCUCCUCUCAAAAGAGCAGGACACGCCCCGAGCGAGCUUGAUCGGUACAGAUGGAUCGACGGAGUCAAGGGCCGAUGUCGUCUUGAGUGACUUCGCCGAAAUCGGUGGUGUCUUGCUGAGGGCGAGGCUAUCUAUUCCACUCAGUGUGGAAUACUGUGGUGCCGAAGGGCGCUUCCGCGAGACCCUUUCCCAAGCUAUCGGAACGAAUUGCUCGUGGCUCACCCCAGGCAAUGUCACAUUCGAUCUCAGAGGAGAACUGACGAAAAUAAACCCGGACUUGGAAAUUGGCGACUUCAUCAAGAAGGCUUUGCAGCGGAAGAGCGAACCGGAGGGCACGGACAUUCUCGAGCUACUCCCCGUGAGGAUCAUGGGCUCUGGUGACAUCUCUGCUCGCGGAGAUGCUUUCCAUAGUCCGGUCAUACACAUACAGAGAGGGAACGCGAAAGUUUUCGAUUUUCCGCUAAUACUCGACGUAGUGUCGUUUUUCCCGUACGACACGAAGGUGCGCACCGUUUCAGAACUGCUCACCAAGGCCCUACAACAACAGACAUCCACAAGCGUUGAGGUCAUCUGCUCAUCAAUUUCUGAAAACCAGUUGACCCCGCCAGCGCCCAUGCAUUUCAAAGUUGACAACGGUUUCGCCACGAUUCUAUAUCCGCGAAACCAAGUUAAUAACGUGAUCAAGUUCGCGACGAGGACUGAUCUUGCCAUGCGAGGCGAGAAGCCAACGUUUUCUUCAGGACAAGCUCUGUUCUUCACACAGGACUCCAACCUAUAUAGCGGUCUCUUGGUGAACCCACACAACAAGCUUAAGCCACCCGCCAAAGCAACUCGGACGGCGAUCGUUCAGGGGGAAUAUCUCUAUUACCAUUAUAUGCAACAAAAAUUCGACGAUUGCGGGUGGGGUUGCGCAUACCGUUCCCUGCAAACACUCUGCUCUUGGUUCCGGCUGCAGGGUUUUACUGAAGAGGACGUCCCCAACCAUGAGAAGAUCCAGCGAACUCUCGUGGAGAUCGGCGACAAGCAGGCAAAUUUCAUCGGCUCUAGACAAUGGAUCGGAUCACAGGAGGUUUCCUUCGUGCUAAAUCAGUUGACGAAGGUCGACUCCAAAACCAUAUACGUGUCAUCGGGCGCGGAGCUGGCAACGAAAGCGAACGACCUCAUCGAUCACUUCACUGAGCACGGAACCCCCGUCAUGAUCGGUGGCGGUCAAUUGGCUCACACUAUCCUGGGCGUUGCUGUCAACGACGCUAGCGAGGAAGUCCACUUCCUUAUACUGGAUCCCCACUAUACCGGGUCGGAGGAUCUGCAGACCAUCAAUGGAAAAGGUUGGUGCAACUGGAAACCACAGACGUUCUGGGACAAAAAUUCAUUCUACAACAUGUGUCUCCCCCAAGUACCUAAACGAGUUGAGCAGUGAUAAUGACAUCAUUCCAAGCAAUAUUCUGUGUUUCAAUGGAUGAUGUAUCGAAAAAUAAAACUUCGAGUCAUCGUUUUCGAUAAA